AUGUCAGCAAUCAAAACUUUCAAAGUGAUGUCUCCGACGUUGUUGAAUUCUGCAGAUGUUACCUCAAUGGAGAUUCCUCGGAAUAUAUUGAUGAAGUUGUCCACAUUUUUCUGGUCAUCAGUAGUAGUUUUUAACAGUUCCAGAACCACUUCCGUGUUGUUAGUGCUCACUGCAGUCAAGAAUAUUGCAACUUGUACUCUAGCAAUUUCCAUAGCAGAUUCUGCUUUUCCAGAAACUACGAGAGUUCCAAAAAAACGAAGAGAACGAAUGUCAAAUGAGCGAAGGCAUCGAGGGGAUUCGUUCAGUUCUGAGUAUCGUCAAUUCUACAAUUUGGCAAACAAGAUUUGGAGUCAAAAACUGCUUGCCAAUGCGUAUAGUGUCGGUCGCCAGUUGCAAAACCAAUCUCUUGUACCAAACAUCGCUUGUCUACUGCUGAAGGAGAUCAACGACACAGAAGCACAACCAGCGUACAAAGAAAACUAUGUGGAAGUGAGUGAGAUGGAGCGUCGUAAGAAUGAAGCAAAGGGAAGAGAACGUCGGGAGGAAACGGAAAUGAGCAUUCAAGGAUACUCUCCGCAAAAUGAUCGCUGUGCUUGGCAAUGUCUCCAUCUUCCAAGAAUUGGGUAUCGAAAUGAGACCAAGGACAAUUCGAAUACUCAUUUGAUUUCGGAGAUGAUGAACGAUGUUUUGAUAGAGAAUUUGAGAUACAUCGAGAUGAAUACUCUGAAAGCUAUCGGACCAGUUGAAUUUGACAUGCAGACAGAGUGUCGAGUUUACUCUCCGUCAGAACAAGAAGGGGCCGCACUUCUUCAAGCUACUCAUCAAUCAAUUUAUCUCAUCGCCUCUCGCAUCUACAACCAAGAAGAUUAA